CCCGUACAUAUCGAUCAAGCUUUGGAUUCUGAACUUCACCUUUCCAUAAUAAAACAUCGGCAUCAAAUAAUUUAGGAAACAAUAUCUAAAGUAGGCGCUGGUGUCUUCCGGCGCUGUCGCCUAAUACCCACUCUCUGCCGUUAAUACUUAAUAUCCGUCCACUACUAUCAAGCUUCCUCCGCCAAAGCUGAUCAACAUGUCACGAACUCUCCUCCUCUGCUUUAUACACGGAUUCAAGGGAACCGAUGACACAUUCAAGGAUUUUCCCUACGAACUCAAGAGGGACGUCGCACGUCAACUUCUGGACCAUCGCGUCGAGUCGGUCGUCUAUCCCAAAUACGAGACAAAGGGAGAGUUGGCAGAAGCCACCGCCAAGUUUUUAGAAUGGCUGAAAGAGAAGGUUAUGGAUAUUCGAAAGGCCAAUCUGGAGAACCCCUGGCCUCCCAACGACAGACAAGUUGGCGUAAUCCUCGUCGCACAUUCCAUGGGUGGUUUCGUCGCAGCGGAUGCCCUCUUCCUCGCCCUCGACCAACGAGCUGAGAACGAGAGCGAGGACAAACCACUGUUCCCGUUAAUCCAAGGCAUCCUGGCCUUCGACACGGCCUACAACGGCCUCGCCAGGUCCAUGUUCGUCUACGGCGCCUUCUCCAACUACCAAAAAGUCAGCAGCGUCUUCAACGUCAUGACCGCCCUCGGGGCCGCCGCGCCCGCCGGCCUGAGCAGCCUCGCCGCCCAGCGCGCAGCAAGCGCCGCGACCGCGGCAGCGAGCCUGGCGUCGUCCUCCUCUUCGCCAGGGCCAGCGUCAGGCCCAGCAUCGGCCUCCUCGUCGUCCCGCCGGAACUGGAAGCUGUGGCAGCUCGUCGCCGUGCAGACGGGCACGAUCGGCGCCAUCGCAGCGGGCGGCGUCGUGGCAUACAUGAACCGCGAGGCCAUCAUACGGGGCGUGAAGAGCGUCCGCAACCUCAACCGCGAGUCCGUGGUCGAAGGGUACCGCCAGGGGAUGGAGACGCUGGGCCAGGGGCUGGCGUACAUCAACCGCGGGAACGUGGGGCGGUCCUUCGCCUGGCUGUCGGACCACUUCACCUUCGUCGGCACCCUGAUGAAGCAGAAGGAGCUGGGCCGGCGCCUGGACCGCAUGGCGGCGCUCCGCGGCGGCGUCGGCAUCCGGGACUUCUACAUCUCGCUCGGCGAGAACGGGUACUGGAGCGGCGGCUAUUUUGUUCCUGAGCGGACCUUCUGCGCCGUGCCCGACGCCGGGCAGCCCGCGAGCGCGCUCUUCACGCGCUGCGCCAUGCGCGGGUCGGCCGACGAGCUGCAGGCCCACCUGAGCAUGUUCCGCCCGGACAAGAACACGGGCUACGAGAAGAUGAAGGACGAGGCGGCCGAGCUGGUCGUAAAGUGGUUUUCGGCCGAGGAGGAAAUCGUGGACGACCCCAAUUUCCGCCAAGUCUCGCCCGAAGAAACCGAGGAGGAUGCCGCGGUGGAGAAGACCUUGUCGAACACCGUGGACGAGCGAGGCCCGGAAGCUGGCACGGGAGCCCAAGGGGCGACGGAAGUCAAAGCUGCCGAGACCGGCGAGGACGACCUCCCGGACGAAUCUCCGGUGGACAUUGCGGCCGCUGCAUCGCUGGUGCCCCUCCCCGAGGAUGGACAUGGGGAACUCACGACCGAUACGAGCGCCGCCGGGCCCGAGUCGGGCGAGCCAACGACGGCCAACGAGAGAAAGAGGACGUACAUGCAGUACCUGUUCGGCGUCGCGCAGCAAGCUGGUCAGGGGGCCAAGGAUUGGUGGCCGAACAAGGUGCAUGUGCCCAUCAUGUCCAUGCCUUCCAUGCCUUCCAUGCCCUCCAAGGUGUCGAUGCCAUCCAUGCCUAAAAUGCCGACUUCUGUCUCGGCAUUAGGGAAUGCCUCUAUGCCUAGCGUGAACAUCUUCAAGAAACGAGAGGCCGAGGCGGAAGGCACAGCUGCUACAGCCACGCCAGGGGCAGACAGCAGCGGCCAGGAGGGAAACCAGCGUGAAGGUGCUCGUCAAGGCGCGGACGACGACCAGGCUGGCGCGACGGAGAAGUCCAUUUCGGCCGAAUGAACGGUCCGACUUUUGGUUGAGAACUUUUGGGAUGAGCAAUGAAUGGACUUGGGAGAAUUUUAGGAGGAAAAUUGGGUAAGAAAAGAAUAAAACCCGC